UCAUGAUACCCUCUUCAGAAAUUAAGCCAAAAUCCAGGGGCAAACUUAAAUUUUUUUAACCCCCAUUUCUCAAAUUCAAAUCAAAUCAAACUUUUAAGAUAAUCCCUCUUUACUCCUUCCUAAACUUACACACUUCAGCUUCAUCCAUUCCUAAUUCUCUCAAAUCCCACAAAAUCUCCAAUUUUAAUCAAUGUAAAUCCUCAGAAUAAACCAAUUUAAUCUCAUUAUGAUGAAUAACAAAUUUUCUGCAUCAAAAACUCAAAGUAAAACGGAGAAAAAGGUUAAAAAUCCGAGCCCCAGAAAUCCAUUGAUGGUAAAAAAUCUCAACAUUUCAUCUUCUUGUUCAUCUUCAUUUUCAUCUGCAACUUCAAUAUCUAGUGAAGCAGCAGCAGAAGCUUCAAAGGGUUGUCUCAGGUUUUUUCUGUCUAAUUACUCUUCUACUGCUACUAAAAAUGCUAGUAAUAGAAAACCCAAAUCUUUAAUUGCUCAUAAAACCCCUAAAACUGCUCCAAAUGCUAAGCGUUUGAAGGUUAAAUUGAGUGAAAAUGGUGGAAAUUUGGUGAAAAAUUGCAAUAAUUUGCGAAACCCAGAAAAACCCAUUUCUGGAAAUGUUAAAAGGUUGAAGAAAAACCCUCCUACUCCUUGUUUGUAUUCUUGGAAAUCUGGGAAAAAACCCAGCUCAAGAUCUGAUUUUUCUGUUGGUUCUGAUGCUAGAUUGUGUGAAAAAGGUGUGAGUUUUACUCCUGUAGGUAAAAAUGGUUGUGUGUCUGAUUUGGGUGAAAAGGAGUCAAAUGGUUGUGAUUCAAUCAGCCCUAUUCCGCCUAUACAGGCUUCUGUUUCGCCUGAGAUACAAGGCGGUUCGACAUCGGUGGUGAAAGCCACACCCACUACUUGUUAUGCUGCUGGUCAUGUUCUGUCUGGUGUUAGUGACAAGAGGAAAUGUAGGCCUAGAGGAUUGCUUACUAUUGGAAAUAAUGACUUGUUUGGGUCUAGUAAAACUAAGGUGUUUAGGAGUGAUGAUGAGGGUGUCCUAGAAAGUUUUAGCAAGCCUAGGGUUUCUCUUGUUCCUUUUCCAUCCGAGGCUUCGAUGCAGUGGAUAUUAUCUCCUUGUGAUGAGAACAGUGAGGACAAGGAUGAUGAUCAUGGUAAAAGUGAUGUGAAAUUGAACGAGUGUGAAGUGGUGUUGUCUCCGAAUUCAAUUGGUUGUUCAUCUUCACCUAUGUCGAGUCUUGGGUUUUCGUCUGAGUUGUGCAAUAGAAGUAGUUGUACAGCAACAAGUAGUGCAGCCACUACAAUUUCUCAUAGUAGUAGGAGUAGGAGCCCUGACUUUCGAGGUGUCCUUGGGCCUUCAUUUGAUCAUUUGGUGCGUAGCCCCUCACCAACUUAUCCUCUUUAUGUGCCGAGUUCUAAGGUUGAAGUCUCACCUAAACUAGACAAAUAUCGGCAUGAUCAUGAAAAAGAAGCUACCCCACAUUCUGAAGAUUCGAUAGGAAGUGGAAAUGUUAUUCAAACCCCACAGUCGGAUUCAAGUACAGAAAGCUUUGGAUUGUCCCAGUUGAGCAGGGAUGAGAUAUCUAGACUUUGGUUUGAAUCUGAACUUGAUUCAGUGGCUGAAGUUCUCAGAAGAACUAGCUUAUCUCCGGGAUGUGAUAAGCCUGCAGUGGAUUCACCAAAGAUGAGCUUUGAGUUUAAUCCGCUGAUUAGACCAGAUAAUUCAAUUGACCUUGCCAAUUUCCGAAAAGCCAUGGAUAGUCAGGCUUCUCCUGGGAUUCCUGAAUCAUUGCUCCGUAGUUUUCAUGAGUCUGAGGUUAGGAUAUCAUGGAGAGAAGGAUUAUCUAGCCGUAUAUUUGAUAUGGAUGAAUUAGAUUGCUGCAGAUGCUUCUCUGAUGAAGAAAAUGAUGCUGAUGAAUGCAAUAAUCCAUGUGAGUCAUAUACACCCCCACAGGUUGCUGAUACUGAUUCCAAUAAAAUUCUGGACAAUGCAUUUGUCCCUAAUGUGUUAGCUCACAACAAAGACAACAUCAGCCAAGAGGAUAUAGAAAGGUCCCCUUCUAAGGGAACGAAUAGUCCAUGUCAUGAUUCAAGCAGUGGUGGUGGAAGUGCAGAUCAUGUGGCAAAAGACUCAAGUUGGAAUGUAUGCUUUGAGAAUCAUCUGUUUCAAGUAUGACACUGUUGCUGUGCUGCACGCCUGCACCUGCUAGUCUGUAUACUUUGUUCUAACAUUCCACUUCUUCUUCAAGAUGAUUACAGUAGUGUUAUUUUUAAUUCAGUUCUCACAUCUCUUUGUAGAGAUUUCAUCCCUUUUUAUACAACUUUUUUGAUCCUUUUUAUAGAUGUAUUUAAUUUAUCUCACAUGUUCUUUCAUUUAUCUUUUCACUGAGAUUAUUUGGCAUGUGUAUUUUCUAUUUAUUUUUCAAUAGAAGGUCGAGAUUUUUUUUUAUUUUUUUGGCUGAUGCUUGAACAACUACUUGUAUCUAUCAUAUAAAGGGAUUGAUGCCUUUUAGUAAAAAGACGAGUUUAUGCUUGAAUUGACAGGACAACAAAGACAAUUGGGGAAUGAAUUAGUUUGAUGUAUCACAACGAACUACGGAUAGUCUGUGCUUGAAAUGCAGGGAAACAAGUAUAAGCAUAAAAACUUUUGAUCCAUACCAGUAUUUUACUGGGUUAUAUCAGAGCUAAGAAGAUCAAGAUCUUGCCAAGAUCCUUCUGGGAUUACCUUUACUGUCAGUCGAAAAGGUUAAGCAUCACAGGUUGUUUUAU